GAAAACGUCUUAAAAACUCACGUUGUCCUAGCAUCUAGAAUCGAACACAAAUCAUUUUUUUUCAUCAGAAGUGAACAAAGGUACGGUAAGAUAUUCAUUCAAAAUGUCCAUUGGCGUUCCCAUCAAAGUCCUGCACGAGGCUGAGGGCCACAUAGUGACGUGUGAGACUAACACUGGUGAGGUGUACCGAGGGAAGCUCAUUGAAGCUGAGGAUAACAUGAACUGUCAGAUGUCAAAUAUUACCGUCACUUAUCGAGAUGGCAGAGUGGCCCAGCUGGAACAAGUCUACAUCCGAGGGAGCAAAAUCCGUUUUCUCAUACUGCCAGAUAUGCUUAAGAAUGCACCCAUGUUAAAGAGCAUGAAAAACAAGAAUCAGGGGGCAGGAGCUGGAAGAGGAAAGGCAGCGAUUCUCAAAGCUCAAGUAGCAGCAAGAGGACGUGGCCGUGGAGGUCCUGGAAGAGGAAACAUUUUCCAGAAGCGACGAUAGUUUGUCUUUUUCUCAAUGUAUUAUGGAAUAUUUCGCUCUGUACAGUUUGUUUGAAUAAUCGCAUUCAGGUUUUUUUUUUUCCCCCCAUUCUAGUCACCUUCCUGGAUUUGAUGGUUUAUGUGACUUUUUGUUUUGUUUUUAUAACUUUUGAUCUUUUAAU